AUGGUGGUGGCAGUAGCAAUGGCAGCAUUGUCAGCAACAGGCAUAACUGUGACACCUGACGAAGAAAAAAACUUGAAUCAUUAUGUGCAAGUUUUACAGAACUUACUACUCAGUGUUCCCACUAGGGAGCCAGGCCGUGAGACAACAUCAACGUUUCCAAAUACUGUUUAUUCUAUGAUAUCGAAGGUAUCAAAAUUGAAGGAGUUAAUUACACAUGAUGGCAAAGCUUCAACUGGGAAUGAUGUUUUAAGUGACCCUACCAGUGAUAAAACUACAUCUGCAUUUACAACUAGAAGUUUCUCUACUAGAGACUUCCAACCAGAACUAGAAACUGUAAAACGACCUGAAACUACAUCAUUCUGGUCGAUUAAACCAAACAAUGUUUCUGUUGUUUUAAGUACAAAAGAACCUUAUAUUGAAGAAGAAGAGCCAGAGCCAGAGCCAGAGCCAUCGCUAGAGACACAGCCACCCACUGAGGCACCAAUGUUAUGGCCAAAUGUUACUGAAUUACCUGAAAAUUCUUCAAGUAGGAGCACUGACUGGGAUACCUCCAUGGAACUAGAAGAUGUUCCUCAGCUCUCAGGCGAAUAUGAAACACCAGCAUUUGAAAACCACCCACUAAUUUUGAGUAACAGAGAAAUUUUGAACAAAAUUUCAGAUAUUCGUUCAAAAGUGCAACAUGUACCUCUAGCUGAGAGCCUCAAGCCAGAAUAUAGAGAAGACAUUCAAGCUUCUAGAGAGCACCUAAAACGAAGCCUUGCUUUAGCAGAAGCAGCAGAACACAGAUUAAAAAAAAUGUAUCAAUCCCAGUUAUUACCACUAGGACGAAACAGUUUUGGAAUCGAUGACAUUGAAACGGUUAUUAACAUGCUUUAUAAUUCUAGAUCUAAGUUAUCUCAAUAUUUAGAUAUUAAAUACGUUCCAUCAGAGAUGAGAGAAAAAGCUAUUACAGUAAUCCAUACAUUGAAAAAAAUAUUAUGUGUAAGUCGACUAGAAACUCAAAACCUUAUUAGGAAGUUAUUAAACAAUAAUAUAAAGAUUUUAAACCUACUUGAUGUUCCAUGA